AUGGCGAAUACCACUAAAAUGAUCAUCAUUACCGCGGACGAAGACUUGAUUGAAAAGCUUGCGUCGAAUACGACGACGAACGCGAAAAUUAUUGAUUUGGAUAAGGAUUAUGUAACCAACAAAACGUUGCUAACGCAGUUAUGCGCACUUAGUACAAACAAUAACCAGACACAACACAAGCGUGCACUCGAAUCUCCGAAAGAAAGCCGAUCGAAACAACUGAAAUCAUCAAGAAAGUCCGAAACAUUCAUCUGUGCUGUAUGCGGUGAUCGCGCGACUGGAUAUAACUACGAUGUAGCUACCUGUGCAUCGUGUAAAGUUUUCUUUCAUCGAAAUGCAUUGCAAUCUCGAGAGAAACUCAAAUGCUUUACUAAACAAGGCCGAUGUCCGGUGUCUUGUGAAACACGCCGGAAAUGUCCGCGAUGUCGACUGGAUCGUUGUUUCGCAGUUGGUAUGCGGAAGGAUUUCAUUUUGAGUGAAGAAGAAAGACAACAUCGAAAAGAAAAAGUCGAAGAAAAACGACAGGUCACAUUGAAACGUUCGUCCCCGUCGACUCCUGAACCACUCGACGAAAUCGAUCAAUUAUUGACAACUUUCGAAGACGACUUGUCUGAUCGAAUACUUACUUCACAACAGAUAGAAAAUAUUUUAUUCGAUCCUUUAUCUAAUGAAGAUUUUCAAGCAAUCGAAAGUGUCCGCUCAGCAUUAUUAGCAACAUUUUUACCUGGACAUAAUCGUUGUUUCGCCACGGAUACGACGACUCGUGCAUCGGCAUUGAUAUCCUGGUCAAACUUCGCUCAAAACGUCGUUCUUCAACACAUUGAGUUCUUCCGCAAAAUUCCCGCCUUUGAAAACCUACACGACAAUGAUCGAUUCAUCUUGAUCAAGUAUAACUUCAUGACAAUCAUUCACUUAUCGAAAUCCUACUCUUAUAAUCCAGCGGGCGAUUGUUGUGCAUACGAGAAUAACAUUUAUUCCAACAAACUUCGCCAAUUUUUCAAUCUAUGUGAUGAUACAUCUGGUGUUCGACUUGAGUGGAUAGGUGUGAUUCUCUCUCUCGUAGAAAUCACUUCCAAAGAUCCGAGUAUAAUUGGUCUCCUGACAGUCAUAUUAAUGUUCACUCAAGGCUUAUCAAUGGAUGCUGAUCAGCCGAUGCUAUCUGAUUCUUUGGCGCUCAGUCGUGCUCAGACAUAUUACACGAAAAUUCUGUGGAAUUAUCUCGUUCACAAAUGUGGCGAAGGAGAAACUCACAAAUACUUCACUCGUUUAGCACAUACGAUUGCUAAAAUUCAAGCGAGUGCGAAGAAUUUUCGAAACCUUCUUCGUGUACAGUAUUCCAAACCUGAUGUUGUUAAUCAAAUGGCACCUUUGUUACAAACUGCUUUACAAAUCGCGUAG